UGGUGGCUAUAUUUUAUUACCGUGGGACGGGUGUUAUUUGCCUUCGAGCUGUAAACGGAGUCGGUUUGCUUUUCAAAGCGGUGCGGUUAAAUGCGUGGCGGUAGUGGCAGCAGUAGCAGUCAGUGACUCUGGCGCAUAGUGAACUAUAGAGACACAAGUACACGAAGUAAAUGGAGAACACACGUGUGUUCGUAUAAACAUAUGCAGUUAUAGGUACAUAUAUACGACAUAUAUAUAAUAAAUAUAACUACAUAAAUCGUCGUUGAUAACGAAGUGCGGCGAUUAUUUUGCACGUUGCAUUUUUAUUGCAAUUGCCUGCGGCACAACAAGUGCGCGAGUUCCUCAUUUGUUGCAAGUGCUGCGUGCGUGCAACAAAGUAAAGGAAGAAGAUAAUAAAUUGAAUAUUGAAAAAAAGCAACAAACAAGUGCGAACUAGUGCAGUGAAAUGAUGCUAAUAAACACAUGAAUGUGCGCACAUACACAAACAAACAUACUUACGCUACAGUGUAAGUAUAUAGGUGUGAGUGCAGUUGGGUGUAUGUGGGAGCAGCUUGCUAAACGAUUGGAUUUAUAAUCAGCUGCGACAGCGAGAACAUAAUACAAUCAGCAAUACAAAUAACAACAACAACAAAGCCAAUAAACAUGCAAUGUGGCAGCUCCAAAAGCAACGACAACAAGCAGUGACAAAAAAUAAAAAAUAAUACAAAUAUAAACGAAAAAAAGUAGCAACGAUAAAUGCGAAUACAAAGCAUACUAAACAGCAGACGCAUACAGAAACAUAAAGGCAUACAAAUAUACGCGCCUGGCUGUGUAUGUGUGUAUGCGAAGGCAUUGUAAUUCAUAGAACAACAAUACAACAUGUUAUAAUAAAAAAAAAAGCAAAUAUAAACAUUGUGUGUGUGCAUGUAAAGUUGAAUAAAAAUAAUUACAACAAAAAAACAACAAUAAUAGUGAAAUAUUGUAGAGCAAUGCUGUUGAUAAGCGCGUUUCAAAUAUAACUAUAAAGUAGAAAAGGAAGUAAAUAAUAGUGAAUAAAAUCAAAACAAAUUUUGUGCAAUGACGAAGAAGUGAUUUAAAAAUAUUAAAAAAAUACAGAAACAACUUAAAAUAGCCAGUGAAAGUGUCACGAAAGUACGAAAAUAACCAUAAAGUUAUAAAAAAAAAUUUGCUUGCAUUAAUUGCAAGCUUGGCUUAAACGUUACAUUUUGUUUGUAGUUCACCUACAAGUGCAAUCGCCGUUCAAGUUUCAAGUGAAAACUUCAGUUAUUCCAGCAAACAUGUACAGAAUGUUCACGAAACAUUUCCGCCGGAAAAUGCGGCACAGCGACACAGUGACCGCCCUAAGCAUAUACAUACUGCUCGCGCUCAUACAAAAGAUAUCUGCUGCUGGUAACUUUGAAUUAGAAAUACUAGAAAUUUCAAAUACAAAUAGCCAUCUACUGACGGGCUAUUGCUGUGGUGUUCCUCUAGAGAUAAGAAGUACAAAAACGACGGGUUGCCCGCCAUGUUCUACGGCCUUUCGCCUGUGCCUCAAGGAGUACCAGAAUUCAUACAUAACUACGGGCUGUUCGUUCGGCAAUAAAACGACAGGCAUACUGGGCGGCUCCAGCUUCGUGCUAAGUGAGCCGGGAAUGAGUGCAAUCGUGUUGCCAUUCACAUUUCGUUGGACGAAAUCGUUUACGCUGAUACUGCAGGCGUUGGAUAUGUACAACACAUCGUACCCAGAUUCGGAGAGGUUAAUUGAGGAAACAUCAUUUUCGGGCGUGAUCCUACCAUCGCCCGAAUGGAAGACACUGGAUCACAUCGGCAAGAAUGCUCGCAUUACAUAUCGGGUCAGAGUGCAAUGCGCCGUUACGUAUUACAACACGACGUGUACGACAUUCUGUCGACCGCGCGACGAUCAAUUCGGCCAUUACACCUGCGGCGUGGAGGGCCAGAAGCUGUGUCUGCCCGGCUGGCAGGGCACCAAUUGCGAGGUGGCGAUUUGUCGGCCCGGCUGCGACCCCACACACGGCAAAUGCGAUCAACCCGGCGGCUGCGAAUGUCGUCAGGGCUGGCGUGGACCACUCUGCAACGAGUGUAUGGUGUAUCCUGGUUGCAAGCACGGCUCAUGUAAUGGCAGCGCCUGGAAAUGCGUGUGCGAUACCAAUUGGGGAGGCAUACUAUGCGAUCAAGAUUUAAAUUACUGUGGCACUCAUGAACCCUGCAUGCACGGCGGUACCUGUGAGAACACCGCACCUGAUAAAUAUCGCUGCACUUGCGCCGAGGGUCUGUCCGGCGAACGUUGCGAGAUCGUCGAGCAUCCGUGUGCGACGCAGCCGUGCAAAAACGGUGGAACCUGUGCGCUCAAAGCAUCAACACUCCCGAACGUAACAACAUUGCCGCCAUAUCGUGCGAUGCGCGGCAUGAGCUCCGCAAUGGGGAAACCAGUUAGUCGCCGCGACUCAUUGCUAGGACUGGCAGGAUUAAGCGGCGGCGGAGCGACAGCCACAACGAUGUCGACUGGCGCAGGUGGUGGCGGCGAUGCAGGCGAUGGACGCGGCAACAGCACGAGCGCCAUGAAUGCACUUGCCGCGGCGGCAAAAUUGCUGCCAGGCGGCGGCGGAGGUGUCGCUAAUCCAGCGCUGGCCACAUCCAUGCUCAUGCAACUGCAGCAGUAUCACAGCAACGCGAAUAGCGGCAGCGGCAACAGCCCGGGCACGAGCAAUCUGCUGCACUCACCGCACUCGAUCGGACAUCGGGCGCAGCAGAUAUCACCGGUUGGCGAGCACACAUGCGACUGCACGCCCGGCUGGACGGGACCAUCAUGUGAAAUCAAUAUCGACGAAUGCGCUGGCGGUCCCUGCGAACACGGUGGCACUUGCAUCGAUCUAAUCGGCGGCUUUCGCUGUGAAUGUCCUCCCGAGUGGACAGGCGAUGUAUGUCAAUUUGAUGUAAACGAAUGCGAGGUACACUACACCACUACAACAACAACAAACGGCAACAACAACAAUCAACAACUAAACAAUGGCGCUGGCACAUUGGCGGACGCGAUUUCAUCGGCAACCUCUUCAGCGGCGUUGAUUGCCGCCAUAAGCGCUGCGUCAUCGUCCACAGCUGCCACAGCCGCCGCCAAGGCAGCGCUGCAAUCGCAAGCGGCAGCUGCGGCCAAUGCCACGGUCAUUAGAGCAGCAGCAGCAGGAGCGUCGCCGGCCAGCACAGUGGGCCCAUGCAUAAAUGCGCAACAGUGCGUCAACCUGCCCGGCUCCUUCUCUUGUGUCUGCCUCGAGGGUUGGGGUGGACCGACGUGCGCGCAGAACCUCGACGACUGUGUGGGCCAGUGCAAGAACGGCGCAACCUGCAUCGAUUUGGUGAACGAUUAUCAUUGUGCGUGCGCAACCGGCUUUACAGGUCGCGACUGUGAGACCGACAUAGAUGAAUGCGCUAACUCGCCGUGUCGCAAUGGUGGCGAAUGCGUGGACUUGAUUGGCAAAUUCAAAUGUAUCUGUCCGCUGGGUUACACCGGUUCGCUAUGCGAGGAGGCCAAAGAUCAUUGCACACCCUCGCCAUGCCUGCAAGGUCGCUGUCUCAACACACCUGGCAGCUAUUACUGUCACUGUCCACCGGAUCGCGCGGGAAAGCAUUGCGAACAAAUACGGCCACUAUGCUCUCAACCGCCUUGCAAUGAGGGCUGCUUCGCCAAUGCGACAAUGAAUGCGUUGCCGUGCAGCGGCCAUGGCACUUGCGAGAUCGGCGAUGUGGGCACAUUCUGCAAAUGUCAUGUGGGCUACACGGGCACCUUCUGUGAGCACAAUCUAAAUGAGUGCUCGCCAAAUCCUUGUCGAAACGGUGGAAUUUGCCUGGAUGGUGAUGGUGAUUUUACAUGUGAAUGCAUUUCGGGUUGGACAGGUAAACGCUGCUCGGAACGUGCCAAUGAAUGUUAUGGUGGACAAUGUCAAAAUGGUGGCACCUGCCUCCCCAGUUCCACCGAGAAGGGUCUGCAAUCGCACUGCCGCUGUACGCCCGGUUGGCAUGGUGUCUACUGCGAUGAGCCAAUCGACCAAUGUAGCGGACAGCCGUGCCACAAUGGCGGCACUUGUGAAUCAGGCACCGGUUGGUUCCGCUGUUUGUGCGCACAGGGCUUCUCCGGACCAGAUUGUCGCAUUAACGUGAAUGAGUGCUCGCCGCAGCCUUGUUUGGGUGGUGCCACUUGUAUUGAUGGUAUUGGUGGCUUCACUUGCAUUUGUCCGCCAGGUCGACAUGGCUUGCGAUGCGAAAUUCUGCUUUCUGAUCCCAAGUCUGCUUGCAUCAACUCUACCAAUACGCUCUCGCCCUAUCAUGCUUUGAAUCAGAGCCAAGGCGACUGGUUAGAGCUGGCGCUCUCUGGCAGUACCGAGGAGUACUGUAAUGCCUGCAUCUGCGAGAAUGGCACAUCGCGUUGCACGAAUCUCUGGUGUGGUUUGCCGAAUUGCUUCAAAGUGGAUGCCGCUACGAAAUCUUCAAAUUUAUCCGGUGUGUGUAAGCAGCACGAAGUGUGCGUGCCAACAGUGAAUGAGGCCUGUCUCUCUCCGCCAUGUGCUGUGCGUGGUGACUGUCGUGCGCUGGAGCCCUCGCGUCGUGUGGCGCCGCCACGUUUACCCGCUAAACCGGAGUGCUGGCCCAACCAAGCGGUUUUGAAUGAGAACUGUGCACGUCUUACUAUACUGCUGGAUUUGCAGCAAGUUGGGGAGGGUUCGUCCGUCGAGGGGCUUUGUUCGGUGAUACGCUUUCUAUUGGCUUCAAAACUGGUGAAGCUGCCGCGCGACAACAAAGAUGCUAUGUUGAUUAUAAUUUGCGAUCUGAAAAUGGGCACAAAUGAUACCAUCGAAAUGACUGUGUCAUCAACAAAGUCAGCAGACCCGCAGUUGCCCACCACAGUCGGUCUACUCGGUGAGCUGCUUUCCUCCCGUCAGAUUAACAGCUUGCAGCGCCGCAAAGAACUGCGCAAUGCUAAAUUCGCGCCUUUGGUCUCAAUACUAGAGGUCAAGGUAGAGACUGCACUCGUUGCAGAAGGCAAUCACAGCAGUCUACUAAUUGGCAUACUCUGUGGCAUUUUCAUCGUGCUAAUUGGCUGUGCGGUAUUUAUAACGCUUAUGUGGCGCCAACGCUUACAUCCACGUUCUACGUCGGGCAUAAAUCUUACACCCUCCAUGGAUGUCUCGCGUCAUGAGGAGGAGAAAUCGAAUAAUCUGCAAAAUGAAGAAAAUCUGCGUCGCUACACAAAUCCGCUCAAGGGUUCGACCAGUUCUUUGGGACGCACCAAUGGCAUGGAACUUAGUCUAAACCCCUCACCAGAACUGGCAACUGUAUCGUCGCUUGUGGCCGCGUCCACCUCAGCGCUGCAUCGCUCACAACCUCUCUAUCCAGCUAAUUGUGGCGAAUCGAAUUUCGACUGCGAGCUGGAAGUUAGUGCGACCGGCAGCCGAACCAAUGCGACAAGCAAAACCGAACUACACCACGCACACGUGCAAAAGCGCAAUUCACAAAUCUUGCUGCAUAAAACACCCAAUUCCGACAUGAAGAAGAACACCGUCGGUUCGCUGGAUAGUCCGCGAAAGGAUUUCGGAAAGAGAUCAAUCAAUUGUAAAUCGAUGCCACCGCCCGCUAACGAAGAAUCGGACGUGCUCACCGUGGUGGUGUAGUACACGACCGAACUGGCCGUUGAGGCGACAGCGUGCAUUUGAGCCAAUGAUCUCAGCAUAUCUACCGAAUGAACUAGCAAACUGUAGGUUUAAAUAAAUUCCGACUUUCUGUGCACAUAGAUGAGUGUACGUCCGGCGCAAUAAAUACGGAGGGAACGAAUUUCCUCACUUAAAAGCCGACAACAAGCGACCGAAAGUUUACUUAAUCAAUUGUUUAUGAAUUACGACUGUUUCGAAACUUUUUUACGAAACUGAAUAUUUAACUCGAAGCUAGCAAUAUGCAAUAGUUUAACUUCUAAGUAGUAUAAUUAAAUUAAAUCUCAACUUAAGUUUUAGCAGUAAGUGCCAGUGUAGUGUUAUGGAAGUUUGAAGAUAAAUAUUUAUAAUAAGGCGUUAGUAUAGUGCAUAUAAUGUUGAGUUUGAAAAUCCUACAGUGUGUGAUAUUAUAGAAUAAAACAAUAACAAAUAACAAUAUGAAUAGUUAAAUAUGUAAUUCUAAACUAAAAUUAAAAUCCGAUUGUAUUAAGCUAUAUUUUAGUAAAUAUAAAAAAAUAUAAAAAAACAUUAUUGUGGUUAAAUUGGUUGUAAAUAUAAUUAAAGUUAGUAAAAAAGAGUGUGUGUAAAUAUUAGCUUUAAAAUAUUAGUUAAUAUUAUUUGAAAAUUCCAAGUUACUUUUUAAUAGUUUCUAACACAUAAAAAUAUAUUUUUUUUUUAAUUUGAUUUUGUUUAAACUUUUUCAUGCUUCCAUAUUUUAUUAGGUUUGUUAG